AGGUCAUGCGCAUGCGCUGUUUUCAACACAAGGAGUGAGCGGUUUGUUGCUAACUAGCUGAAUCAUUUGGUAGUGGUUUCUAGUUUUACUUGUGAUUGUCCGUGCCUUGCUGUACAAUGGCGGCAAGAUAUGACAGAGCAAUUACUGUAUUUUCUCCUGAUGGUCAUCUCUUUCAAGUGGAGUAUGCACAAGAAGCUGUAAAGAAAGGUUCUACAGCGGUGGGAAUCAGAGGUAAGGACAUCGUUGUCCUUGGUGUGGAGAAGAAAUCUGUAGCAAAGUUACAGGAGGAAAGAACAGUCCGCAAAAUAUGUGCGCUGGACGAGCACGUCUGCAUGGCGUUUGCAGGUCUGACAGCAGAUGCUCGUAUUGUGAUAAACAGAGCUCGCGUUGAGUGCCAGAGCCACAGGCUAACGGUUGAGGACCCAGUGACAGUGGAAUACAUCACACGCUACAUAGCUACACUGAAACAGCGCUACACUCAAAGCAAUGGACGCAGGCCAUUUGGCAUCUCUGCGUUAAUUGUUGGCUUUGACUACGAUGGAACUCCCAGGCUGUACCAGACAGACCCGUCAGGAACCUAUCAUGCUUGGAAGGCUAAUGCGAUCGGCCGUAGUGCAAAAACUGUGAGAGAGUUCUUGGAGAAGAAUUACACAGAUGAAGCUAUUGCUGGCGACAACGAGGCAAUCAAAUUGGCCAUCAAAGCGUUGCUUGAGGUCGUCCAGUCAGGAGGAAAAAAUAUUGAACUUGCUGUUAUCAGACGGAAUCAGCCACUGAAGAUUUUGGAAUCCAAGGAAAUCGAGACCCUGGUGACUGAGAUCGAGAAGGAAAAAGAGGAGGAGGCAGAGAAGAAGAAGCAGAAAAAAUCCACUUAAAGCCAAGAAGUUUUCUUUAUUGCACUUGGAUGACCACAGCAUAUUUGGGUUCCAAAUAUUAGUAUGUUUCCGAGGGUUUACUCAUUUAUCUCAUUGUAAAGACCUGAAUCACAACUUGAGAUUUGUUGAUGUUGCCUAAGUAAUGCUGCAACAGUUACAAAGGACCAUGUUCUUGUACUUCCAACUGUUAGUGUUGUGUGAACACACAUACAUCUCAAGUUAUGGUUUAGGCCUUAUAUAAUGCUUGCAAGAGGUUUUUCUUUUUGUAUCAUUUACCAAACAGCUCUGAUGGCAAUGAAUCUCAAGUGUUGAAAUAGACUGUAUGUGACUUUCAGAAUCAUAACAAACUGAAUACUCAAUAAAAUUGGACUUGUUUGUA